GCGAGGCGUACGGCAGCUGAGGGAGGCCAUACUGCGUCGGGGCGGAGGGGCACACGCGGAGCGUGGCCGGAGCGAGGACUGGGUCGCUGCCUCCGCCGCCGCCUUCCGCCGUCCGUCGGUCCGUCGCCGCCGCUCGGGGCCUUCCCUCCCUCCCUUCCGCGCCGGGGAGGCGCUUCGGCCGCAGAGAGGCUCGUGAGGGGCCCGGCGGGCGCGCGCACAAAAUGGAGGCGAACGGCAGCGGGAGCAGCAGCGACUCGGCGCCCGAUUGCUGGGACCAGGCGGACCUGGAGCCGGGCAACGGGAGCGCCGCCGCCGCCGCCGCCGUGGAGGAGGAGGAGGAGGAAGAAGAAGCCGCAGUGGCGGCGGCGGCGGCGCCCGGUUCGGCCCAGCUGGAGGGCGAGGAAGAGCAGCUCCUGGGCGCGGCCUUCAGCCGGCACCUCAACGUCAACGCCAAGCCCUUCGUGCCCAACGUCCACGCCGCAGAGUUCGUGCCGGCCUUCCUGAGGGGCGGCCCGGGGCAGCCCGCGCCGCCGCCCCCGCCUCCCUCGCCCCCGCCGGGCCUGCCGCCGCCGCCGCCGCCCCCGUCGUUGACACACGGGGCGUCGGCAGAAUCAUCACACGAACACCUGCCGUCUUGUGAAGGGUCAAACGUUGCCAUUGGUAUGGAAAUCUCCGAACCAGUUGUAGAAAAUGGAGAAACGGCGGCGUCCCCUGAGGAAUCGUGGGACCACAAAGAAGAAACCAUUGAACCCGAAUUAGCAAGUGGCCCUUCUGGCGACGCAGGGCCCAUCGAAGAGAGUACCCAGGAAAUGAUGGAGGAAGAGGAGGAGAUGCCAAAACCCAAAUCCAUGGUAGCGCCCCCUGGCGCUCCGAAGAAGGAACACGUGAACGUGGUGUUCAUUGGACACGUAGACGCUGGAAAAUCAACAAUUGGAGGGCAAAUAAUGUAUUUGACCGGCAUGGUUGAUAAAAGAACGCUUGAGAAAUAUGAAAGAGAAGCUAAAGAAAAAAACAGAGAAACCUGGUAUCUCUCUUGGGCCUUAGACACAAACCAGGAAGAGCGGGACAAGGGGAAAACGGUGGAAGUAGGCCGUGCGUAUUUUGAAACAGAAAAGAAACACUUCACAAUUUUAGAUGCUCCAGGGCAUAAGAGCUUUGUUCCAAAUAUGAUAGGUGGUGCUUCUCAAGCUGAUUUAGCUGUAUUGGUAAUCUCUGCGAGAAAAGGGGAAUUUGAAACAGGUUUCGAGAAAGGAGGGCAGACAAGAGAGCACGCCAUGCUAGCAAAAACGGCGGGUGUAAAACACUUAAUAGUUCUCAUUAACAAAAUGGACGACCCAACUGUGAACUGGAGUAACGAAAGGUAUGAAGAAUGUAAAGAAAAACUGGUGCCAUUCUUGAAGAAAGUGGGGUUCAACCCCAAAAAGGACAUUCACUUCAUGCCCUGCUCAGGACUGACUGGCGCGAAUCUCAAGGAGCCCUCUGACUUUUGUCCUUGGUAUAUCGGGCUACCAUUUAUUCCAUAUCUGGAUAACUUGCCAAACUUCAACCGAUCAGUUGAUGGACCAAUCAGGCUGCCAAUUGUUGAUAAAUAUAAGGAUAUGGGCACGGUGGUGUUGGGUAAGCUGGAAUCUGGGUCUAUUUGCAAAGGACAGCAGCUCGUGAUGAUGCCAAACAAGCACAACGUGGAAGUCCUUGGGAUCCUUUCCGACGACGUAGAGACCGAGUCUGUAGCUCCAGGUGAAAAUCUGAAGAUCCGACUGAAAGGAAUCGAAGAGGAGGAAAUUCUCCCGGGGUUUAUACUCUGUGAUCUUAAUAACCUGUGUCAUUCUGGACGCACAUUUGAUGCUCAGAUAGUGAUCAUUGAACACAAAUCCAUCAUCUGCCCAGGUUACAAUGCGGUGCUGCAUAUUCAUACCUGCAUUGAAGAAGUCGAGAUUACAGCCUUAAUCUGCCUGGUAGACAAGAAAUCAGGAGAGAAGAGCAAAACACGGCCCCGUUUUGUCAAACAAGAUCAAGUAUGCAUUGCCCGUUUACGGACGGCAGGAACGAUCUGCCUUGAGACCUUCAAAGACUUCCCUCAAAUGGGCCGCUUCACCUUAAGAGACGAAGGUAAAACCAUUGCAAUUGGUAAAGUUCUGAAAUUGGUUCCAGAGAAGGACUAAGCAUUGUUUUUGACAAGCCUGCACAAAUACUGUAAGGAGGGGGGGGAAAUGACUUUGCAGAGCCCUAUUCCACAUUGCCUUCUUUCUUUUCUUCCCAUUGCCCCCCCCCCUUUUGCAAAGAUGAGAUUUCACAGCAAAGGUCCACAUUGUCAGCUUUCUCAUAUUGAGAGCUUUGCUAUGCCACUGUUGAAUUUUUACCCCUGAAAAAUUUCAUUAUUUUUUUUUGUUUUGUUUUGGUUGUUCCUCCUCCUUCUCUUCCCCCCCCCCCUUCCUAAAUUCAGCUCCCUCGGAAAGAUUUGGCAAUAGCUUUGUAAGUGAUGUGGACAUAAUUGCCUAGAAUUAUGAAAAAAAAAAUAAGUCUACAGGAUUUCUGUUUAAUUGUCCCCUCCCAUCAGACGGAAGCAUUUUUCAAGGCAGAUCAUUCAGGUGUGUGCAUGCGUGCACAUGUUACAAAUUACCAUGUUAAUAAACUCUCCAAUUUGAAAUCUUUCUUUGGGGGGUAUCUUAAUUACUUCGGAAUAACGUUUCUAUCCAGAUGUAAUGCCUGCCGCAUUCACGUUUAACCUGCAGAGUUAACAUUUGACGAUUUGGGGUUUUCUAGGGGGGAAAAAAAUGGGUUUCUACCUUUGACAGAUCCCUGACUGUGUUUUAAAUGAAGCAAUUAGACCAGUGUUUCUCAACCUCGGCAACUUUUAAGGUAUGUGUGGACUUCCAACUCCCAGAAUUCCCCAGUAAGCACGACUGGCUGGGGAAUUCUGAGAGUUGAAGUCCACAUACCUUAAAAGUUGCCGUGAUUGAGAAACACCGAGUUAGAUCAUUGACAAAACUCAUAUUAAAGUUUCCUCUGCCCCUUUUCAGGGGUUCAAAACCCAUCCAAAUAGCUUCAUGCAAAUAUGGUACUAUUUCAUUAGCGAUACAUCAAUAUAUCUCAAAACUUAAUCUAACACAAAUUUGCAGGCACAGGGUAAAAGUAAGAUCUUCCAACUCUGUCCUGGAGAAUAUCAUCGUUAUUGUCUUUUUUUUUUUUUUUCCUAGCAGCACAGGCUGGUGACUAAAACAAGUAGGACUGUUAUAUCACAACUCUUGCAAUAAUUCUGGCACGCCAUCGUGUUCAGUAUGAAAACUGAACUCAGGCACCAGCUUAGGAUUUUAAAACUUCCUCUGCUACCUUCCUUGGAAGCCUGGAGAAUCUUUGUAGUUUUUUUCUUUUUUGGAGAGGUUGAUUUGAAGGGAAGGCGAUGAGUGAGAGAGGCGUAUAAUCCUCUUCAAUCAACAACUGGAUGUUGUCUCGGUAAUUGCCACUUUGUCCUCAAAGGGAAGUCAUUUAAAUCUCAGUCGAAUCAAGCAGAGUCUGUAAUUUUUUGUGUGCAUACCAGGCAAUGUGAGGUGGCUUCACCUUCCCCAAAUGGUUUUCUGGAGAUCUAUCCAAGUUCCAGUUCUCCGAUGUUGGGGUUGAGUUUUCGGAAAGUGACAGCCCCAACACAGUUUCCGGGCGCUUGGAUGAGGAAAUUUCAAGAACCUACAAGGAAGCAAAGCUGAAUGAUAGGACGUGGAUUGAGACCUGUGCUUCCCAACUUUGGCAGCUUGAAGAUGUGUAGACUUUAACUCUUGGAAUUCUCCAGCCAGCCUUCAAUUCUGGGAGCUGCAGUCCACACACCUGCAAGUUGCCAAGGCUGAGAAACACUGCAUUGGGUAGUUGGUAAGACUAGGAUACUAAGCUUGUAUCUUGGGCAAGGAGUGGCAGGCAGCAUCACUACCAUUGCUAGGAAUAUAAGCUGUAAGAGAAUAACAGUGGUGCUUAUACUUAUUUAAUUGUAUUUCCUAGUCUAGAAUUCAUUACAGACAGCCAGUUUUCCAAAUGCAAAGUUCAAAAUGCUUUUCCAAACUGGUUGGCAUGUUCCAAGGAGAAUGUGCCCCAUUUCUAAAAAAAUAAAAAUAAAAAAAAAUAGGCAGUCACACAACCAUUUCAUUUUACACAGCUCUAAAUUUAAAAUGUUGCCACCCUCCCUUUUUUUUUUUUUUUGUCCUUUGUAACUGUGGAACGUCCCAUUUCAUGUAAGGCCACAUUGUACGGACGAAGCAAAGUUGAUUGUCCUUCAAAUUCAUAUGACUACAGUUGUAGCUACCAUAAUGCAUGGAAAUUUAAAUAAAUUUUAUGUCUGCAAAUA